AUGGUUUCACCCUGGACUGGACACAAGAACGUGCAGAGAGAGAGCGAGAGAGAGAGCGCGCGCGUGUCCCAAAUCAACGCGGGUGUAUCGAUAGUUAAAAGGGUCUCGCGCAGCUACAGAGGGUGACGCGAUGGACUGGGAAAGUGUAUGAGAUUAACAUGAUUGUAGAUGCCAACGAAGGAUAUAUGAAGAGGUCUACAACGAUAAUUGUUAAUAGAAACAUUAUGCAUAGUCUUCAAAACGGAGAGGGUUAAAUAGCCGAUGUUCUCCUCAAAAUGGAACGGGGCGUGAGUGACUUAACCUGAGAUACAACCAAAUAUGGGGACACCAACUUUCGGGAUUUGGAGAUGAGGCUCGCAAAGCGUGAUUCUUUCGUAAAUGUGUGCUUGUGUGUUGCUAUGUUUACAAAUAUAACAUGGCAAAGCAAACUAGUAUAACGUUAUGUCCAUGUCGUAUUAGGCAACAUUAUACUCAGUGACAGUCCGAGCAUCCCCUUUAAAUCACUGCCAAACUUGAAGGGACAUUUACCUCAACUGGAUUGCACGCCACCAAAGCCGAAGGACACUCACCCUGCUCGGCUUGACAUGAUAAAGGAGAACAUGACGGCAGUACGAGGAGCUCAUUCACACCCGGCAGGUUCCGCAGGGCCAAAAGACAGUGGGCAGAGUGUACCGGACACCCCGACCAAGCCAAACCCCGCUCUACCGGCGGACUUCACGGAUGAGCCCGUAUCUUCUACGAAUGACUUGGUUUGCACAUGGAGACAGUUUGCGAAAACUUUUAUGUUAAUUUUCCCUAUUUACGUUCUGGGGUAUUUUGAGUUUAGUUUCAGUUGGCUUUUAAUUGGACUCGCUGUAUUUUUCUUCUGGAGGAAGAACGCGGGAAGUAAAAACUCGAGACUAAGCAGAGCCUUGUCAUUCUUUGACCAAGAGGAGAGAAGUUUCAAGCAGAGCCUGGUGUCAUCAGAGCUACCGUCAUGGGUCCAUUUCCCAGAUGUGGAAAGAGUGGAAUGGUUGAACAAGACGGUGAAACAAAUGUGGCCGUACAUCUGUCAGUUUGUGGAGAAGCUGUUCCGCGAGACCAUCGAGCCGUCCGUGAAGGCGGCCAACGCGCACCUUAGCACUUUCAACUUCACCAAAAUUGACCUGGGAGACAAGCCUCUGAGGGUCAAUGGAGUUAAGGUUUACACUGAGAAUGUAGACAAGCGUCAAAUCAUCAUGGAUCUCCAGAUAAGUUUUGUUGGGAGCACUGAAAUAGAUGUGAACAUUAAACGCUACUACUGCAAAGCCGGCAUCAAGAGCAUACAGCUCCAUGGCGUGCUGAGAGUGGUGCUGGAGCCCCUGCUGGGGAACAUGCCACUGGUGGGAGCGCUGUCUCUGUUCUUCAUCAAGAAGCCGCUUCUAGACAUCAGCUGGACUGGCCUCACCAACAUAUUGGACAUUCCUGGACUGAAUGGCUUCACUGACAACCUGAUCCAGGACAUCAUCUGCAGCUACCUGGUGCUGCCCAACAGGGUGACUGUCCCUCUGGUGGGCGAUCUGGAGCUGGCGCAGCUCCGCUUUCCCAUGCCCAAGGGUGUGCUCAGAAUCCACUUCCUGGAAGCGCAGGAUCUGGAGGGGAAGGAUAAGUACCUCGGAGGCUUGAUUAAGGGCAAGUCUGACCCUUACGGAGUUGUUCAGAUUGGCAACCAGCUCUUUCAGAGCAAGACCAUCAAGCAGUGCCUGCAGCCAAAAUGGAAUGAAGUUUACGAGGCCCUGGUUUACGAGCACUCAGGUCAGCACUUGGAGAUUGAGCUGUUUGAUGAAGACCCUGAUAAGGACGACUUCCUGGGAAGUCUCAUGAUUGACAUGACUGAGCUGCGGAAGGAACAGCAGGUGGAUGAGUGGUUUGACCUUGAAGAAGUUUCGACUGGAAAACUCCAUCUGAGGCUAGAGUGGCUCUCUCUGCUCCCCACAGCAGAGAAAUUAGAACAGGUGCUGCGCAGCAUCAGAGCAGACAAGAGUCAGGCCAAUGACGGCCUCUCCUCCGCUCUGCUGGUCAUCUACCUGGACUCUGCCAGGAACCUGCCGAGAUAUCCUCUAGAGUUUAACCACGACGGCUCCAAGCAGGCCUAUAAAGCACAGAAGUCUGGAAAGAAGACGAGUAGCGACCCCAGUCCUUACGUGCUGUUCACAAUUGGACCCAAAUCAUACCAGAGCAAGGUACGAUAUAAGACCACGGAGCCUCUGUGGGAGGAGGCCUUCUCUUUCCUCGUCCACAACCCCUACACACAGGAGCUUGGAGUAGAGGUUAGGGAUGAUAAGCACAAGUGCACCCUGGGUACUCUCAUGGUGCCGCUGAGUGGGCUGCUUGGAGAGGAAGAUAUGACGCUGACUCAGCAGUUUCCCCUCAAAAACUCCGGACCCAGCUGCACCCUCAAGCUCAAGAUGGCUCUUAGGGUGCUCUGUCUGGAAAAGCAGGGCACGUCCGACCAACCCUCCUGUGUGCAGGUGAGACGCACUAGCGACGGCGUCUGCAACCCCACCGCCACUUCCCCUAAGCCGCCCACCAGUCAGCCCUCCCAGGCAGCCCCGCACAGCCAGGCCUCCUCAUCCUCCAACGCAACCCAGGGAGCGCCCCACACUCAGCAGCCCAGCGGGGGCAGCCCGGUGCGGGGAGGCCAGGGAGACGUGCGGCGCAGCAGCUCCAGCCUGGCCAUGAGCAGCUCCCACAAGCAGCAGGCCCACCGGGAGUCCAUGAGCAGCCUGGCCUCGGACUCCUCACUGCCCUGUGCCACGCAGGAGCUGCAGAACAGACUGAGGCAGCUGCAGAAUGGCUCAACUCCCAGUCAGUAUCCUCUGGGUGAGGUGCAGCUCACAGUGAGACACAGUCCUCAGAGGAACAAACUCAUUGUGGUGGUGCACGCUUGUCGUAACCUCAUAGCCUUUACGAAGGACGGCUCGGACCCCUUCAUCAGGCUCUACCUGCUGCCAGACAAGAGCCGAACAGGCCGGAGGAAGACCAACACACUGAAGAAGACUCUUAACCCCAUCUAUGAUCAGUCAUUUGAGUUCAGUGUGUCCAUGGUGGAACUUCAUAGGAGGACUCUGGAUGUAGCGGUGAAGAAUGGUGGAGGGCUGCUGUCCAAACACAAAGGCCUUCUGGGAAAAGUGCUUGUGGAUUUGACAAGCGAUGAAAUUUCCAAGGGAUGGACGCAAUGGUAUGCCGUUAGUGUACCAUAAUCACUGUCAAACAACUGUAUGACCUAACUGCAGGUGGCUUAGAGAAGGCAGUUUUACCUCCACAGAGGCACCACUGACUUCGCUCUCUCUAUCAGGUCUUUCAUCCAUUGAACUGGCCACUCAUCACCAAGAUUCAACACGAUGGACCCAUUAUUUAUUGUUUUAUUUAUGUUAUUUUGUGUUCAACUUUUAUUUUGAAAGCAAAAUCAGUGUAAACAUAUCAAGAUAUGUUUUGAUCCAAUGUGUCAACAACUGUUGACUGCCAAAGCAGAAAAGCAAAAAUGUUUACUGCCUUGUUUUGUAAGUCUGCCAUGUUUUCUAUGUAAAUACACGCCGCACCAACAGUUCCAUUCUCCAUUUGGAGAAUUGCAGGGGUUUGUAAAAAUGUCUGUAAAAAUUAUGCACUAAUUGGAUUAAAGGUUAGACUUGGUUUAUACAAACAUUCAUUUAGUUCUAGUUUUGAUUUAAGGCUUGAUUUGGGGCCUUUAAGGCAACAUGUUUAAAGGACAAUCAAAGAAAAAUAGAAAUGGCAUGUUUUUUUGUUGCAAAUGUUAGUUUAAGAGCAUGCACAUGAUAAGAUUGGGUGUGCCUGUACUAUCAACUGGUUUGUUGUGUUAUGCAGUUGUAUAGGAUUUCAACUGGUUUUGAAAAUGCUUUUCAGAGGGUCGACAAAGUCAGAAUGCCUUGAGAAUACCAAGUUAUAUGAAGUGAAGUUUUUAUGUUGUUUUAUUGUUUGUGCCUUUUUUGAAAAUGUUUAUAAUUUAAUAAAAAAAGUACUUUAUUUUAAAAGUACUUGUAUGCCAAUGUUUGACAUUGUACAGCACGGAAUUACAAGAAUGCUGUAAAGGUUUUUUAUGUGUGACUUAUGUUCCUCUCAUUCUUUGUCGCGGCACUGUACAGAAAUGUAGUCUAUAGAUUAUUACUUUUGAUGGUAAACAUGAAUCCUACUACCAUUUGUGGGAAAUGAAAACUGGCUUCUGAGCAGAUAACUUCUAUGGAAUAUGGUCAUUUAUUUUAAGCACAUUCAGCAUGGCUGGUAUAUUAUUUAAUCAGAUUAACAGACAACUUUGAGAUUGCUGCCUCAGACCUUUGCAUAAUUGCAGUAAUAUUGCUUGAUUGCCUUUUUCUCAUUGUAUGCAUAUUGUUUGAUCUGUUGUUAUGUCUCUCUGUGCCUUAUCAGAGACAGAACCCUCAUGUUAUUCAGAAAUACACAUUUAAGUCUCUGUAGCAUUAAGGACUUUGUAAAUGCUUUCAUGCAAGAAUAAAACCCCAAUUUCAAAUUCUUAAA